AUGGAUCGCAGCUACGUUAUGGGACUCGUUCGCGACUUUAACAGAGAUAUUUCACACAGGAUAAGUUGCAUUGGAGAGCCCGCUGCGACAACGCUGAUGCUGUUAAAGUUGGAUUUUGUACGGAUCGUGAGCUCCCAUGAGCAUUUUGUCAUUCUUAAUCUUCCAUUUGGUCCGCCUCAUAGUGUUCCGGCAUCGAAUUCGUCGUCAUCCAUUUGUAUAUCGUCUGGUAACGGAAGUUCGAUAACACAAAUGGCAUUGAGUCCCGAGUCUGGAAGUAUUUCGAGCAGGUCAACAACCACUACACUGGACUCGUGGGGAUCGUUAGGAUCGGGCGAACUGUCGUACGAAUUCCGCCGUUGUCAUUAUCUUGUCGGGCUUGCCUUAGCUGAUCUCGCUGCUGUUCUAGAUUCGUCAAAUAGUUCAGUACUGCAUGCAAGAGCUAUUGGUCUCGUACAUAAUCUCCUAUCAUCUCAUGAAGCUGACAGUCGACUGACUGAUCCCACCAUACGAGCUCGGGUUGCGGGUCUAUACUUACCCUUAGUAACUAUAGUGCUUGAUGUAGCCGGACAGAUCCACGAUCCUUUCGCAAACUCUCCGACUGGGACGAGGGAGGGAUUUUGGAGGCAGCUUUCUAUGAACACAAACCGCUACGGAGAAAUUUCUGCUUUGACUGAGCUCUUCUAUGGUUUCAGCACCGUUUAUUCAAGGGAAGAUAGAAUGGCACGACAAAUUCGCUGGGAGUAA